CAGGGCGCUGUGGCCGCGGCGGCUCUCAGCCCGCCCCCAGUCCUGCGAGCGGCUCYGAGCGCGCACCGCGGGCUGGCCCCGCUCGCUCGGGCGAGUGAUUCCCCGCUCCCGGAGUUCAUUGGGCUCCGCGGGACCCGCAGCACCACCUGUGAACAUCGGGCAGGGCCGGGCGGGUUGUCCCGGCGAGUCCCCGGCAGAGCCCAUGUCCGCCGCGCCCCUCCGCUCCCCGACGCUGCGGCCGCACAGGAUGAAGAAAGAGGAGUCGUUCCUGGGCAAGCUCGGGGGGACCCUGGCCAGGAAGAAGAAAGCCAAGGAGGUGAGUGACCUCCAAGAAGAAGGCAAAAAUGCCAUCAAUGCAUCAAUGAACCCAAGCACUGUGGACAUCCAUCCAGAAGACACACUAUUAGAGGAGAAUGAGGAACGCACUAUGAUUGAUCCUAACUCAAAAGAAGACCCCAAAUUCAAGGAGCUGAUCAAGGUUCUGAUUGACUGGAUUAACGAUGUGCUGGUGGAGGAGAGAAUCAUUGUCAAACAACUUGARGAGGACCUUUAUGAUGGGCAGGUGCUGCAAAAGCUGCUGGAAAAACUGGCUGACCGUAAACUGAAUGUGGCAGAGGUGACGCAAUCUGAAAUUGGUCAGAAACAGAAGUUGCAGACAGUUUUGGAAGCUGUCCAUGAUUUACUCCGACCCCAUGGCUGGACCAUCAAGUGGAAUGUUGACUCCAUCCAUGGCAAGAAUCUGAUUUCCAUCCUUCACCUGCUGGUGGCCUUGGCCAUGCAUUUCCGKGCUCCCAUCCGGCUGCCCGAGCACGUGGCGGUGCAGGUGGUGGUUGUGCGGAAACGUGAAGGCCUCCUUCAGACCACUCAUGUUUCGGAGGAGCUGACAACCACGACAGAGAUGAUGAUGGGAAGAUUUGAGCGCGAUGCCUUUGACACACUUUUUGAUCACGCGCCAGACAAACUCAGCGUAGUCAAAAAGUCUCUGAUCACCUUUGUGAACAAACACUUGAAUAAACUGAAUCUGGAAGUAACGGAGUUAGAAACUCAGUUUGCAGAUGGUGUSUACUUGGUUUUGCUCAUGGGUCUCCUUGAAGACUAUUUUGUUCCACUUCACAACUUCUACUUAACACCUGAAAGUUUUGAUCAAAAGGUUCACAAUGUUUCUUUUGCUUUUGAGCUGAUGCAAGAUGGAGGACUGAAGAAACCAAAAGCUCGCCCUGAAGAUGUUGUCAACUUGGACCUGAAGUCUACCCUCAGGGUUCUGUACAACCUGUUCACGAAGUACAAGAAUGUUGAAUGAUUCUGGAAGCUGCUGAGGUCUCUUCAUCCUUCAGCCUCCUCGGGCAGAAGUUACAAUAAACACCCUCUGCAUGCUCCCAUUGUGCCUUAUGCUUUACUUCAUGCAUUCUUCCUACAGYUGAUGUGUUCUCUCUGUAGCUGUUUGUAAGACAAUUCCACUAAAAAUGAUGCAUGUGUGUUCUCUAGGUCACUUGAAAWUGUGUAGAUAUUUGACACUUUUACCAAGUGGAUCUGUUUGCUAUAAUCCACAAAUGUUCUUUUGAGAAAGAAAAAAUACCACUAACUUGUUUAAUAAGCAGGGAAACGCAAGACCUUCCUCAUGGCUAGAGACUCUGCUUCUGCAAAAACAGUUUCUUUUGCAUAUUCCUUGGUUGCAACUGGCAUUUGAUGAUUUUCCAGGCUUAAGUGUGAACAGUAGAAAAUCAGCAUUGGAAUUUAUUGAGAAGCUGAGUUUUAAGUAAGGUUUUAUGUGUUCUGUUGGGUGGGUUGGGCUGGGGGGAAUUACAGGCACUGUCUGAAGCUAAUGGCAAAAGCUUCUGUUUUUGUGUUCACCUCGUUCUACUCAGUGUUACUUCCAUUCAGUGUUUACACAGAAUAAGUCUUGCAAUGGGAUGACCAACUAAUCUUUUGAUGUCUAUUUUUAUUUAAAUUCUUUUCUAGGAGAAAUUUGGUUGAUAGGGCCACUGUCACUCAUUAAUCAGGCAGCUUUGGUCAGGUCAGUGAGGAGCUGGUCACACAGGCACAGGCUGGRUCAGUGCCUUUGCCCCCAGUCCUUUCUGACACUUCACAGGGGAAUGAUGAGCUUGGGCUCAUCUGUGGAGCUGCUCCUGCCUGGUGAUGKGGUUGGUGCAGGGCUGUGUGCAGGGAGCUGUGCUGGAACAGGAGAUUUUUGAGGGGAGCUUUGUACAAAAAAUGGGUUUGGCAUUUCCAGAGUAAAUGAUUUGUGGAAUAUGCAUACAAUAUCACUCUUUUCCUUUGAGCAUAUAGAGGAGAGAUUUGAUUGCUGCUUUCAUGUAUCACAGCAGCAACUUCUGUUUUAUGGGCAGCCAUUCCUUUGGUGAAACACCAGGCAGAGUGUUUCCCUGAAGAGGAGCAGUGGAACUGCUCUGCUCCAUGACCUCACUUGAGUCCUGUUGUAAGCAGGCAUCUUUUUUCCCUAAAAAUGAAUUUCUUACACCAAACAUGAUUUGCYUUUGAACUCAAGUUCAGGAGGAAACAUGCUAUUUGAAUGGUAUAAUUGUACAAUUGGGAUUUUCUCCUUCCCUUCUCAAAUGUUUUUUUCAUCUCAAAGGGAGAGAAAUGACCUUCUGCUUCUUUGGUUUGUAUUUUUGGGUUCUGAGUUCUAGAAUUUGGAUUACUUGGGUCACCUCUCCUCACACCUCUCAAAAAAAAAGAUGGAAGUUGUCCUUCCUUUGCAUGAAAAAUUCAGAUCUCCUCUGCUCUGUAAGGCUCUCGGGGGGAUCAUUGUGGUUUAGGAAGGAGCUGCCCUCUCGCUAUUUAUACUGAGCUUAGAGCAACUAUGCUGUACAAUUCAGAUGGGGCCAUUAAACUCUACCAAACACCAACAGAGGAGACUUGCAUGGGUGCUGAGGCCUGGUUAAUGAAAUUGUUCUWACUUUUGUGUGGGAAGUAAAGGUAUCAUGAGGCUGGGAGGUCACUGAACUGAAAGGUCUCUCAGACCUUUAGUUUAAUGUGGGUUUAUUUGUGGAAAUUUGUGGUCUGUUAGAAAGUUGUCAUUCCACUCCCCCUCCAGGUGAUAUUCAAGUAUUUAUGUUCUCUGAGUUGCUGGGAAAGACCUCCAGAGAGCCCAGUUUUUGAAAUUGCAAGCAGUGAUAAUAUCAAAAGGAAACAGAGGAUUAGAAGAAGAGAUUGGUGAGAGUGAUUUGGCUUUUGGAAAGGGAAUGGCUGUUUCUCAGCUGGGACCAUAGAGCUGUCAUCUUCAGGAUGUGUGAGCAGAGGUGAGCAGGUUAUGACAGGCUAAAGGGUGUCUGUUUUUUUCAAUUAUGUGUUUCUGGUCCAUGUACAGAAACCAGAGUUCUCUUUCUACAACAGUGGGUCUCCUUUAGCAUUCCUCAUGUUAAUAUUGUCCCUGUCAGCCACUGGAUCAGGCUGGGGGCAGGUGUCACAGCCCUCUUGGUGCUGUUAUGGUUUUKUCUGCUGGUAAAUGUUGCACAGGGAAAAUGCUCCUUUCGUUCCUUGGCUCCUUGCUGCUUGGCCAUCUCACUGCUCUGUAGACACUGUGUUUAUUGUUAACCAGAUCAUCAGCAGGGCAGACUGAACUCAAGUGUAGCUUCACUGCAGUYAGUCCAGUUUGCAGGAGGAGCAGUGUAGGUAAAGCUUCUCUGAAUGCCUGCUUUUGUCAUGCCUUCCAUGACACAUGCACAAUAUUUCUUUGCCUCUCAAAAAGCUGAGUCAGUGUUAGAAAUGUUAUUCAUGAYGUCUUUGUGUUACUGGGGUUUUACAUAUGGGUACCAGUCUUGAAUCCUGUUGUGUUCAUCUAGAAUGCUGAAUGCUCUGCAGCAUUAAGGCUYCCACAUUUGUAAGUAUUAAAUGAGUGUCUGUCUUUUCGAGUCCACACAACUAGACUUUUAGGUGCAUCUAUUGACAUACUCAGUUACAGUGAGCUGCAUUACAACAGAAAAAGCUCAGAUAGUCCUCAGCUGCAUUCUGUUUUUAGAGAUUAAAAGCCAACAGUGACAGAUCUUUUAAAAUCAGUUUAAACUUUCUAGGAUUUCUUACUCUUCUUCCCCACACCCCAGUGCUUUCAGUAUUAAUGUAUUUUUUAAUGGUCUUUUCUACUGUUUUUAACAGUGUUUACUCUGGGUUUCUAACUACUAAAAACCAGCCUUGCAGAUAAAAUUCUGGACUUGUCAUAUGUUGGAGACAUCCGUCUUAGUGAUAAGAGUUUUGUACUGUAAGCAAGUUACAAUGCAAUGCUAUGUUUGCUAAAAUUCACAGCAGGAGUGUUUAUGCAUGGUUUUUGACAGUUGUAUUAUUUAUUCAAAUAAACAAAUAAU